GUGGAGAUUUAGCUGCCAAGAACUGUCCUCAAAGAGGCAUGAGGAACUAGAGGCCCAGCGCAGGGAAACAACACAUCCGCUGCCCAGGAACGCUGAAAACACCAUGGAAGAAUUCACCAGUGGAGAGGUUUACCAGAAAGAAUUCGACCCUCAGGCCUAUCUGGAAUAUUUCAAUUUGGGAAGCGACAGUUUGGGAAACGAGGCUGUUACAUUUUACCUGAAAUGCUUUUGCAAGACCUUCACUCCAGAUUUCCUGAAAGGAGACACUUUGAUCGAUCUAGGCAGUGGCCCCUGCAUCUACCAAUUCAUGUCAGCUUGUGAGUCCUUUGAGAACAUCAUUGCCUCUGACUACCUUGACCAAAACCUCCAGGAAAUAGAAAAAUGGCGGAAGAAUGAACCCGGAGCUUUUGACUGGAGUUCUAUAGGAAUGUAUGUAUGUGAGCUGGAGGGAAACAGAGUCAAGUGGCCUGAGAAGGAGGCCAAGCUUCGAAGAGCCAUCCAGCAGGUCCUGAAGUGUGACGUCAACCUCCAGAACCCAAUGGCCCCCCUCCGUUUGCCCCCAGUGGACUGUGUCCUCUCCACCGAAUGCCUGGAAUCCGCCUGCAAAGACCAGGCCAGCUACAGGGCUGCUUUGAGCAACGUCAGCUCCUUGCUGAAACCUGGGGGGCAUUUGGUGCUCAGUGGGCUUGCGGAGACCACUUUCCUCGUGGUGGGCUCCCGGAAGUUCUCCAUCUUGUUCCUGACGGAGAAAUUCCAGAGGGAAGCCCUCGCGGAAAAUGGCUUUACCAUUAUCCAGUUCAAAACACAACCCAGGAUUGAUAAAAUGACGAUGGAUUUGUGUGAUUUUGCUGCAUUGUAUUUCAUCAUAGCUCAGAAAGUGAAGGAGGCCUAAGGCCCUCAGAAUGUAUGGGAGAGCCACGAAUACCCUAUGCUUGUUAUUCUUUUUCAUUCCAAGUAGUCUGCCAUUGAUUCCUAAUGUAUCCCAUGAUCAUUUGGCUGAACAAGGGCAAUCUAUUUCGCAGAACUGUUGGGGAAAGAAGAUAUAAUAAACUUUUUCUUAUGAUGUUC